AUGAGCACUAGACUAACACCUAACAUUUUAGUAACGGGAACUCCCGGGUGUGGGAAGACCACUACAUGCGAAUUUUUGCAGAGACAUUUGAAAGAUUGUAGAUACUACAACAUCAGCGAUUUUGCGAGGGAUAACAAGUGCUACGAUGGCUACGACGAAGCAAGAAAGUCGCACAUUGUGGACGAGGACAAGCUGCUGGACGAUUUGGAGCCCUUGUUGCGGAAGGGAGGCGCGAUCGUGGACUGGCACGUCAACGACAUCUUUCCAGAGAGACUGAUAGAUUUGGUGGUUGUGUUGAGAUGUGACAAUUCGGUGUUGCACGAUAGGUUGUCGCAGAGAGGGUACCACGAGGCCAAGUUGCAAGAGAACAUCGACGCAGAGAUCAUGGGCGUGGUGAUGCAGGACGCGGUGGACUCGUAUGCGCAGGAGAUUGUGGUGGAACUGCAAAGCAAUUCAACCGAGGAUAUGGAGCAGAAUGUGGACCGCAUUGUGGCGUGGAAGGACUCAUGGUUGAGACAGCAUCCCAAGGGCGUGACCAACGAGCUCGCGGAGGUGGAAGCUGAGGAGGAGGACGGUGAAGAGGAAGAAGAGGAAGAAGAGGAAGAAGAGGAUGAGGAGGAUGAUGAAGAAGCGGAAAAAAGCGCUUGA